GAGAGAGGAGAGAGAGAGAGAGAGAGAGAGAGAGAGAGAGAGGUGUUUCUGAGAGUGGAGAGAGUGGAGGACGAGAACCCAAUGCCAGCUGCCAACAUUAUGGAGAACCUCCAGCUACCCGCCCUGCAGGUGCCGGGGGAGUCCCAGGGAGCCCCCGAGGUCAGUCCAGUCUGGUCCAGUUCAUCCACUCCAACGCUUCGUCGGCGGAGAUUCAAGAUGCGUCGGAUGAAGAACGUCCAGGAGCAAAGUUUGGAGGGGGGCCUGGCCCCAGACUUGUCCAGUUCUUUGGCCCCUGGCAAGGAGUUCUUACAGUUGCCGUCCAUCGAGAUAACACCAUCCAGCGAUGAGGACACUCCCUGGUCCAACUGCUCGACACCCAGCGCCUCACCCCGGCGCAAACGCUUCCUCCUCCGAAAGUGGCUGCGGGUGAGGGAGCGCAAACAGUGCAGUGAGAGCAGCAGUCAGCAGAGCAGUCAACAGAGCAGCCAUGAGGAUGAUUCAAGCCGGUUCCUGAGCCCCCGGGUUCGGGAGGAGAGCACUGCCAGUAACUCCAACCGCAGCACGCCUGCCUGCUCCCCCAUCCUCCGCAAGCGGUCCCGCUCACCCACCCCACAGAGUCCGGACGGAGACACCAUGGUGGAGAAGGGCUCGGACCACUCCUCCGACAAGUCCCCAUCUACACCAGAGCAAGGGGUACAGCGCAGCUGCUCUUCCCAGUCUGGCCGGAGUGGCAGCAAGAAUUCCAAGAAAAGCCAGAGUUGGUAUAACGUGUUAAGCCCAACUUACAAGCAGCGGAAUGAAGACUUCAGAAAGCUUUUCAAGCAGCUCCCUGACACAGAGCGUCUUAUCGUUGAUUACUCAUGUGCGCUCCAAAGAGACAUUCUCCUCCAGGGCCGACUCUACCUCUCUGAAAAUUGGAUCUGUUUCUACAGCAACAUCUUCCGCUGGGAAACUCUGCUAACAGUGCGAUUGAAAGAUAUCUGCUCCAUGACUAAAGAGAAAACAGCCCGACUCAUUCCCAAUGCAAUCCAGGUUUGCACAGACACUGAAAAGCACUUUUUUACAUCCUUCGGGGCCCGAGACAGGACAUAUAUGAUGAUGUUCCGGCUCUGGCAGAAUGCCCUCCUGGAGAAGCCCCUGUGUCCCAAGGAGCUUUGGCACUUUGUCCAUCAGUGUUAUGGAAACGAACUAGGCCUGACAAGUGACGAUGAGGACUACGUGCCCCCAGAUGAUGACUUCAACACGAUGGGCUAUUGUGAGGAGCUCCCAGUAGAAGAGAAUGAGGUGAAUGACAGCUCCUCCAAAAGCAGCAUAGAGACCAAGCCAGAUGCCAGCCCACAGCUGCCGAAGAAAUCUAUCACCAACAGCACAUUGACCUCCACUGGAAGCAGUGAAGCCCCUGUCUCGUUUGAUGGAUUGCCCCUGGAAGAAGAAGUGGUAGAAGGGGAUGGCCCUCUGGAGAAGGAGCUCACAAUUGACAACAUCAUUGGGGAGAAGAUCGAGAUCCUUGCUCCAGUGAACUCACCCUCCUUGGAUUUCAAUGAUAAUGAGGACAUUCCCACUGAGCUCAGUGAUUCAUCUGACACCCAUGACGAAGGAGAAGUCCAAGCAUUCUAUGAAGACCUGAGUGGCCGGCAGUAUGUGAAUGAGGUCUUUAACUUCAGUGUUGAUAAACUCUACGACCUACUCUUCACGGACUCUCCCUUUCAGAGGGAUUUCAUGGAACAGCGACGCUUCUCUGAUAUCAUCUUUCAUCCAUGGAAAAAGGAAGACAAUGGAAACCAGAGUCGAGUGAUUCUCUACACCAUCACCCUCACUAAUCCUCUGGCUCCCAAAACUGCCACUGUUACAGAGACACAGACCAUGUACAAGGCCUGCCAGGAGAGCGAAUGCUAUGUGAUAGAUGCUGAGGUGCUCACCCACGAUGUGCCAUACCAUGACUACUUCUAUACCAUCAACCGCUACACGCUCACCCGAGUGGCUCGAAAUAAGAGCCGACUCAGGGUCUCCACAGAGCUGCGCUAUAGAAAACAACCCUGGGGGCUAGUGAAAACCUUCAUUGAGAAGAAUUUCUGGAGUGGGCUCGAGGAUUAUUUUCGCCAUUUGGAGAGUGAGUUGACAAAAACAGAGAGCACCUACCUGGCUGAGUUACACAGACAGUCUCCCAAAGAGAAGGCCAGCAAAGCCCCUGCUGUUCGGAGGAGGAAGCGACCCCAUGCCCAUCUGAGGGUACCCCAUUUGGAGGAGGUGAGCCCUGUCACUACUCCUACAGAUGAGGACGUGGGCCAUAGGAUCAAACACGUAGCAGGCUCUACCCAGACCCGGCACAUCCCUGAAGACACUCCUACUGGCGGCUUCCACCUUCAGAGUGUGUCCAAGCUGCUCCUCAUUAUCAGCUGUGUGAUCUGUUUCAGCCUGGUGCUGCUGGUGAUUCUCAACAUGAUGCUGUUCUACAAACUCUGGAUGCUAGAAUACACUACCCAGACUCUCACUGCAUGGCAGGGCCUGAGACUUCAGGACAGGUUACCCCAGUCCCAGACAGAAUGGGCUCAGCUCUUAGAAUCCCAACAAAAGUAUCAUGACACAGAGCUCCAAAAAUGGAGGGAGAUCAUCAAAUCCUCUGUGAUGCUUCUAGACCAGAUGAAGGACUCACUCAUCAACCUUCAGAAUGGCAUCAGAACCCGGGACUACUCAUCUGAGAAAGAGGAGAAGAGGAACCACUAUCAUUGACAAGGCAGAAUAGGGGUGACUCCAGAGGCCUGUGCAAUACAUGUACAUAGACCAUAUAAAUAUAUAUAUAAAUAUAUAUAUAUAUACAGAAUAUAAAUAUAUAUUAUAUACAGAUUUUAAAAAGAGAUAAUGCCUAUGUACCAGGAGAAGGAGCGGGACUGCCUCCUGCACUGGCCAGAAAAGCAAUUUCUUUUGGUGGAGGGCAGGGGGCAACUCCCAGCACCAACCCUCUCAACCUUCUCUGUCCCCCCCAGUCCUUCCAUCCCCACCCUUCCCUUGCUGGCCAUCCCUUGGCUGUUUGAAGGGAAGUGAAGUUGAGCCAAAGUCAUGCUUGGGCAGGCCCUGGGGUCUUGGAUAGGAGUCUCAAAGGGGCAUUGCUGUGGUGCUUCAUUCCCUGCCCUCCAUUUUUUUUGGAAAAUUGGAAAAAAAAGGGGGGGGGAGGAUUCCUCUUUCCCUGCCAUCCCAGCUUAUCCUGGAUGCCUAGGUGUGGGGGGCAGGGAUUCAGGCCUCCAAUUGACAGAGGGGGCUCCACCUAUAUCCCACCGUGAAGGGCCACCAAGGAAAAGUGGACCUUCAGCCAGAUGGACAGGACUUGUUAGAUAAGCCAAAAGGCAGUAUUUGUGGGAUUUGUGGUAGGUGGGAGGGUAUGGGAGUGGGCAGAGUGGGAGGGCUUUGAGACUAAAGAGUCCCUGAUAAUUCUUUGCAACUGCUGCCUCCCCUGGUCUUCACUGGGGCCCUCCAGCUCAAAAUACAUUUGGGCUGGGGGAGCACAGGUCUCUCAUUUUCUACUCUCUCACUCAGGUUGGGUCUGUAUAAAAUUAAGUUGCUUUUGAGUGCCUGAAAUUCUGCUGUCCUCUUCCUCUUCCCCCUCCCCAAAGAACACUGUUUCUUAGGAUGUGUAAAACUUACAUGAUUUUGUUAAGAACUUAUUUUUAUCAGUUUUAGGGCCAGAAGGUGAAUAGUUCUAAUUCAGUUCACUUUGAGCCAAUGCUGUAAAAUACCCAGUAGGGGUAGGAGUAGGGUGGGGGCGGGGAGGGGGGCUUGAGAGAAGGAAUGCAAGGUCAUGUGUAGGAACUGGCAGGGCACAAAAAACACUGCAGAGUCGUUCUGAAAAGGACUGAGCCCAAGCUUACACUUCUCAUCCUCAGAUGGUUGCCAGUGUUGUUUUUUACAUGCUCCUUCUCCCCCCCAGCAUGUAGACCCAUUUUCUGUCCAGAGGGAUUCUGCUCUCUGUUGUAUUUUAUUUCUGGCGUGAAAGGAAGGAUCUACUUGAUAGAGGGGAUGAGGACCAGGGCAGCAUCUCUUUCUCUUUCAUAGUCCCUAAUCCAGCUAGUAUUUAGGCUUCUGAACAGAGGAGGAGUUGGUAGAGGAAAACUCCCUCUGGCCUUUUGGUCUAGGAGGUGUCAUGGAGUAAGGGGAUGAAGCUGGACUGGGGAGUUGAGUCAUCACUGUGUUUUUUCUUAAGAAUUGAGACAUUAGUCAGGCACAUGGACCAGAGGGAUGGAUAGUAUCCAAGCCUGGUCUGAGCAGUAAGCUUCUUAGCUUGGAACUCAUAUCUAAGCUCUACCCCCUAACUACAAUGUUUCCUCUUUUAAAUCCAAGGGAUUCCUGCCUGAAAUAGGCAGAAUCCAAAAAGGAAUAUUGAACUGGAAAGGGAAAGGGACCAGCAGCAAGGUGGUGAGAAGGGCUCUUUAGAUGACAUAAACCUUCUGGGCCCUAGGAAGCAGGGAUCAGGGAAAAUUCAAGAACAAAGAUUAUCAUAAAAAGAAGAUAGUUUUUACUGAUGUCCUAUAUUGAUGUUUAACAAAUAGUGGACUUCUGUUUUUCCUGGUGGCCAGGCAGAGAGGGCAGCCUGGGAGUGGGGGCUUUUGGACCUCCAUAACCACAGUAUCCCAGGAAAUCAAACAGUAGGGGGAAUUAACAUGAAAUGUGAAUGUCUCUACAGGGGUGACCUUUUCUGGGGUGGGGACAGGGCCUAACUUAGAAUGGGGGUGAGAAAGUUAAGAUACUGGAUGAUAUAUUCCCAGUAGGAGUGAGGAAAAGGGUCUCUGUUUCAUGCUGAAUUUGGUUCCUAUCCCUGCUGCACCCUCAGAGGACAGCGUGAGACUUGAGAUUUGGGGAGAUAAGAGUGACUAGAAUCUCUUAGGAGGGUGGAUAUCUUCAUAAGCCAGUGCUGCUUCAUGAAACACUGCCAAUCACCCAUUUAGCAGCUGUCAACUGAAGUCAUUUUUCUCUGGCCCAAUUAAGUAACCAGUAACUGAAUGAAAAAGGCUGGGCAGGGAACUUAUGAAUUCAUUGUAAAGGAGGGAGGCAGUUGAAUGACCUAAAAUUAUUAAAAUCCAGAGUGGCCACAAGCCAAGAUUGCUCACAGGAGCUUUUGGGGAGCAAGAGUUGUAAAUUAUCUUAUUUAUUUUAUUUAUCAUUAUUUAUUUCAUUGAGAGCUACUGCCUCCCCCUGGCUGUUGUGAGGUCUUUUCAAAUGGCUUCAGAAAGGUUCCUUGGGAGGAGGAUGAAGAUUCAUCCUCCCUGUUAAGCAAAGGGAAAAGGGCCACACACUGGAAUCUGCUCUUCCUUAGCUCCUUCCAAGCUGUGUUAAGCAAUUAGCAUCAAGAGAAAGAUUCUUGUUGUGUGUGUCUGAGGAGAGGAAGAGCUAUAUGUAGGAAAUACCCAGGACCUUUCUGGUGAGUAGAAACUGGGACAGAAUGUGUGACUUUUGGAGAGUUAUUUUGACUUCUUUGAGCCUCAGUUUCAUCAUCUGCAACGAACCAGACAUUCUCUAAAGCUAUUUCUAGUGCUAUGAUUCUGUGAUGCUAGGGCUAGGAGAAAGGCACUAGCCUGGAUCCCUCCCUUCCCUGAAGCAGAAAGUCCAGUGGCUCCAAGGACUUCUCUUAUUUGGGAGAAGGAACCUCAAGCCUUGCAGAUGAGACAGCUCCCCCCCCCCACCCCCAAGGCUGCUCAGCCUGGGCUACCCACAGAGUAAAAGCAAAGACAAUAACAUGGUACUUACUACUGGCUUGUCAUCCAUGGCCAUCAUAGCCCCAGACUGGUAGCUCUCUGCAAGGGACAUUCACAACCACCACCUGCCUUAUUUCUUUUGAUUGGAGAUCCAUUUCCAAACAGAAAAGAAACUUGAUUUCAUGUAUUUCCUUUGGGGUCCUUCUGCAGAGGGAAGGGAUGGGAUAGUGCUGGGACUGCAUUUGCAGAUGGGUUCUUCAUGCCAAGGCUUUUGUAAAGACUGUAGAUGGAAGAGGAGCAGCCACCAGGUAUUAACAGUUUAGAGGAAUGCAGUUGAAUCACCCAUGGAGAUUAGCAAAGUAUGAUCCCUAGUUUAUUCUCUGUAGGAGAACAGCCACUUGAAGUCUGCAGCUUGGAAGCUACUUCCAGGUUUCAUCAAGAGCCAGGGCCAAGGAGUUGUUAGUGUUUGAGGAGGAUAAGAUAGCUAGGCUAAGUUCUUUCAGGAGCCUUUAAGGACAGACCCUGCUGGAUUAGGGCUUGGAGUUUUCCAGGAUUACAAAGUGUCAGGGUAAGGUAUUUAUCCUAAUUGGCAGGAGCUGGGUGGGCUGUGAGACAGUCCAGAAAAAUCUACUAGCUCAGUAUUCACCCCAAGACAUGUUUCCUCCCUCCUGACCUCAGUUUUUCUUUGUUUGAGAAUGUUUACUCACUUGGAUUUCCCGUGAGUUAGAAGAGUGGGCUGGCUGGUGGGUUCAGUGAAGUCUACCCUCCCUGGAGGAAGCUUUGAGGUCAGUCCUCCUCUUUGGGAAUCUCCAUCCACUACUUCCUUCAUAUCCUCUUCUGCUGCUCACCAUGCCCCCCCCCAAAAAAAAAACCCAAACCCACCUAAGGGUUUGGUUAACUGUGAAGUGCUCAUAGGAGCCUCCAGAGAAUGGAGAACUUCAGGGCAUUGUACCUAAGAAACUGGGGCAGAAGAAGGAGACUGAGCAACCUUGAGCAGAGCAUUGAGUUAGGAGUAGGCAGCCGGCUCCUUUUUCAGACUGUGCCUCAGGUUCCUGAGACAGCAGCUCAAGGGCAAGAUCUAGGGAAGGGGCUAAGGGAGAAAUAUUUGUGAUAUUUGUGAUUCCCCACAAGAUUCUUUCCGUGCCAUAUCAUGCUGCUUAUCUAGACGUGCACGGCAGCCAAAGCUAGUCCCUCCCUUACCUUAAUCCUUGAAGAGACAGUACCCUCUUUUCCAGGUGUCUGGGAUAUGGACUUCCCACCCCCACCUCUCAUCAAAAGACAUCUUCCCCUGGUGAUUCCUCUAACCCCAUUGCUCCUUUACUGUGUCUCUAGGCUAUGAGACAAUCACCCCUUCCCCCUUAUCAUUCUCCCUUAUUUGGGCAGGCUGGCCCCGCUCCCCUUCACCUCUGUGUUUCCUUCCAGAAGAUGUGUUUUUGGUUCUGAGAGGAACAUUUUUCUGGAAGGCCACCUUUUUAACCACCUUGCUUUCCCAUGUGAAAGCAGGAAUUUUGCACAUGGCGUAGAGAGCUCUCCUCCCUCCUCCUCUCUGCCCAGCCUCAUUACCUCACUCCUCCUGCCCUGGCUGGUGGCAUCUGUGAUGGGACCAGACCAGAUCUACUCCUUGCACCCAAGCCCCCCUCCCCCCAGCCCAUGUUCCAUGUGACAAGCACAGCUCAGGGGUCUUGGGCAUUGUUUUCCGUUGCAAUUCACGGUCCUCUCCAGGCCUGGGAACCUGGACCAGAGUCGCGGCUGCUAGUGAGAAGCACCUCUCCCGCCAAGGGUAGCUGAUGCCAGAUGAUCUCCCCCACACGUGAAAGCUUAAAGAACAUUUUCUUGCCUCCCUUGCCCCCUGCCUUUGGCCUCCUGCUUUUCUCAAUACAAUGUGGCACUUUGCAGAAUCAAUAGGGCGGCCUCUGUGCAAGGCGGGAAGACCGGGUAGCAGCUGGGGAGGCCAUCCUGGACCUAGUUGCCAGUUGCAUUGAGCCCGUAGGGAAAGCAGCAUUUAGCCUGGCCAUCCUGCGUGGAUCCCAGCUCUUCCUUGCCCCACACUCUAUGGGCCGGCCCAGAAUUUGCAUGGACCAUCUUCCCCAACCCAAGGUGCUUUUGUUCUCCACUCACCCUGGGCCCCAGGUUGAAGAGGGGGGAGGGGGAAAGGCCACAGCUGCCUGCGGGCAGCCCUGAGGUGUGUUGGGUGCGGGGAGGGGGGGGUGCCCGGGAAAGGGGAAGAGCGCCGGUUUGAAUGCCGUCAGGGUGUCUGGCUGUCUUUUGUUUGGUACUAUAACUGUACUUUUGCCUGGCGCUGCGCGCGAGGUAUGAAACCGGAAACUUACUGCUAGAACCUAGAGACGUACAAGGCUACUGAGCCAAAUCUUAAUGUAAAGUAGCUAGAGCCAUGGAAGUGUGGUAUGAAUUAAAGGGAAAAAAGUAUGGAACAAA